UGUCUCUAGGAGCGGCCAGUCUUAAAAUUUUCACUACCACAUUGACAGAUUCUCGUAUCAAAUCGAGCCAACACCUGUUAAAAAAUGCUUUCAGCGAAGGUUUUCCUUCUUGGAUUUACUUUUGUUGCAACUGUUUGUUUUAGUGUAAAAGAAGCAUCAGUCUUGUCAAAUACACCCGAACACCUAGUUUACGUAUUUGGAUCCGAGGGCGUUGAAAUCAUUGAUCCGAAGAGCAAAAAAGUUUUGCAUAAUAUCACUGAUGAUAUCUGCACUAAGUCAAACAAUCGCUUUUCCAGGAAAAAAUGUUCUUUUGGAGGAGUUAUUUCUGUUAAGGAUGAACUGAUUUUCUUCAGCGACAGUCCUGGGAAUCGAGUUCAUGUUAUUGAUGUGGAAAAACAAGAGGUUAAAGAAACAAUUCCAACCGGGGGAUAUCCUUAUGACUUGUACUACCUUCCCUGGCUAGAGGAGGUCUGGGUUCACACGUGGACGAAGUCUACGUUUGACGUCAUCAGUAUCGCGGGAAGUCUGAAGAAGACACAUACCGCCAUUAAGGCGCAUGUGCAACCGGGCUGGACACAUGGUUACAUGUACGCCGAUCAGCAAAUAGCGGAUGGAAACUUAGGCUACGUAACACAUAUGUUCAACCCAGGUAUUCAUCAACUCGACUUGUCAUCUAAGACAUACAAAGACUUCGUGAAUGUAUCAAACUAUGGCUGUAGAGGAACUUUUAACUUUGCGUACAGCCCGGUCAACAAGCACGGCUUUUUUGACUGCAUUGGAUCCAAGACACUCCUGGAGCUUGACAUAGCUACUGAUCAAGUUGUCCGAAGCUAUAAUUUCACAGGACGUCCCUACGCUUCUAAAUACGGCCGGUACAUUGUAACCCUUUACAAAUCCGUCAACGAAUCAAUCAACCUUCUCCUCACCAGUGAAGUGGUCAUUCUUGUCGUUUCUGGUAAGGACAGCGCUCCAAUUCAAAAACCCACGAUGAAAAUCCCUGGAGGUGUCAGUCGACUAGUGUUCGACCCCAAGAUUCUCUCUGUUGCUUACAUCAGCCUCGUAUACCUCGAUAAGAUUGCAGUGUUGGAUCUAGAUUCUCUUCGAGUGAGCUACAUUGAUGGGGUCGGGAGUGUGCUGACGGCACCUGGUAUGCAUUCUGUGAGCCGUUCUCUGGUCGUAGCAGGGCCUUGGAUGGUAACACCAGCUACGGCUAAUAAUUCCGUCGCCGUAAUCAACAUAGCCAACCGUGAGUUAGAGGGCAUGGUGCAAGGGGUAGUCCAGGGCUUGAGCAUGAUUGCCGUGCGUCGAAAAGUUCCAGUUCCUGUGAGUGCCGCAGAGUUUAUCCAUUUUUCACCACUUAAGCUGAUUAUUACCCUGCUUUUUGCUUUACAAGUGACGUUUGGGUAAACCAAAGUGACGUUUGGUAGCAUUGUAAAGGCCCGGCCAAACGCAGGCAACAUUUCAACGAAACGUCUUGUAACAUUGUUGGAUCGUGUUAGAAGAUGUUGUGAAGGGGUUGGCAAAACACGCGCAGCAUCUUGCAACAUCCGAAAAUGUUGUAACAAAAACUUGACCAAAUGACCCUCGUUUUCGACUGACUGAGCACCAGUGAAGCGAGAGUGAAAAGGAAAAAAAAGAGAAGGGCAUGUAAACGUGACGCCUUAUUCGUGACUGACGAGGUACACUCUAAAGUUUACGACAAUUUCCAAUUCCUUUUAACACCGCAGGGUUUAUCCACCCUGCUUUUUGCUUUUCAAGUGACCGUUGGGUAAACCAACAGUUUUUUAAUAACACCUUGGUAGCAUUGUAAAGGCCCAGCCAAACGCAGGCAACAUUUCAACGAAUCGUUUUGCAACGUUGUUGGAUCGUGUUAGAAGAUGUUGUGAAGGGGUUGACAAAGCACGCGCAGCAUCUUGCAACAUCUGAAAAUGUUGUAACAAAAACUUGAACAUUUUCAAACCUUAUCCAACACCAACACUUUGUAUUUCAGAGGACCACGUGUGCAUUUUACCUGAUCAUAAAUCGGUUGGAGAGAACAUAACUCACCUCGUUCUCGACUGACUGAGCACCAGUGAAGCGAGAGUGAAAAGGAAAAAAAGAAAAUAGCAUGUAAACGUGACGCCUUAUUCGUGACUGACGAAGUACACCCUAAAGUUUACGACAAUUUCCAGUUCCUUUGAAUGCCGCAGGGUUUAUCCAUUUUUCACCACUAAAGCUGGUUAUUACCCUGCUUUUCGCUGUAUAAGUGACGUUUGGGUAAACCAACGGUUUUUUAAUAACAACUUGGCAGCAUUGUAAAGGCCCGGCCAAACACAGGCAACAUUUCAACGGAACGUCUUGCAACAUUGUUGGAUCGUGUUAGAAGAUGUUGUGAAGGGGUUGGCAAAACACGCACAGCAUCUUGCAACAUCCGAAAAUGUUGUUACAAAAACUUGACCAUUUUCAAGCCUUAUUCAACACCAACACUUUGUAUUUCAGAAGACCACGUGUGCAUUGUACCUGAUCAUAAAUCGUUUGGGGAGAACAUAGCUCACCUCGUUCUCGACUGACUGAGCACCAGUGAAGCGAGAGUGAAAAGAUAAAAAGAGAAGCGCAUGUAAACGUGACGCCUUAUUCGUGACUGACGAGGUACACCCUAAAGUUUACGACAAUUUCCAGUUCCUUUGAACGCCGCAGGGUUUAUCCAUUUUUCACCACUAAAGCUAAUUAUUACCCUCCUUUUUGUUUUACAAUUGACCGUUGAGUAAACCAACAGUUUUUUUAAUAACACCUCGGUAGCAUUGUAGAGGCCCGGCCAAACGCAGGCAACAUUUCAACGGAAUGUCUUGCAACAUUGUUGGAUCGUGUUAGAAGAUGUUGUGAAGGGGUUGGCAAAACACGCGCAGCAUCUUGCAACAUCCGAAAAUAUUGUAACAAAAACUUGACCAUUUUCAAACCUUGUCCAACACCAACUAAUGUCUUGCCACAUGUUGCUUCAGGUUGGCCAAACGUGUGCAACACGUUGCACGCAACAAUGUUUUAGGAUGUUGCGUUGAAAAGUUGCGUGCAUUUAACCGUGCUUUUAACAGAUAGCUUAACCGCAGAAACCGUCGUCAGUCUAACGACAGAAAAGUGUAAUUCGUAAUGAUGUUUUCCUACCACUAGAGUUGAUUGAAUCACAGGUACCCGAUCAUUAAUCGACUGGAAAGAACAUAACUCACCUCGUUCUCGACUGACUGAGUACCAGUGAAGCGAGAGUGAAAAGGAAAUAAGGGAACAGCACAUAGAACUGUUCAGAGCAAGUGUAAACGUGGCGCCUUAGUCGUGACUGACGAGGUACACCCUAAAUUUUACAUGAACUACACUGAGUUAAACCGUCUUUAUGUCAGUAUCUGGGCAACUACCCCUCCCCCAACCCUAAAACAGUCAACUGCUAACAAGCCAUGGUUACUGUUGGGUUAGGGUAGGGGUAAGUAUGCAGUUGCUUAGAUAAUGGUAAUUAACCAUAUUACCAAUAGACGUACUUCUUAUGUUAAUAAACGUUAGUAUCAUGAAAAGCGAGUCCU